AUGGAGAAAGCACCUGUCGACAUCAACGCGUCUAAUGUCAUCAAAGACGAGAACUCCCAGAAGCCAUCCCCACAAGAUGAUGACCCUGAACCGGAUUACUCGAGCAAGGCGACCACGAAGACAACAUUCAGUGACUACUUACGGAUCUUCACCUAUUCUACUCUGGGUGAUCGAAUCCUUUUGACAAUUGCCUUUCUUGCUGAGAUCGGUACUGGCGUAACAUUGCCGUUAAUGAACAUCAUCUUUGGUCGUCUCGUGGGAAGUUUCAGCACAUAUGUGGAUCCAAAUUCGCCAGUAGGAAGAGCCGCGUUCCUCAACAAUCUCAAUCAUCAAACACUCAUCAUCGUGUACCUUUUUAUUGCGCGGUGCGCUCUUAGUUAUGGAGCGAUGCUCAUUUUUCGAGUUGUUGCCCUCCGAAUAUCGGCAAAAUUACGCCUCGAAUACCUCAAAGCGCUGUUCUCACUCUCAAUCUCGACCCUUGAUACCCUGCCCAGCGGUCAAGCAUCAAACACGCUGACCAACACAGCCAACGUCCUCCAGGUUGGUAUAUCGGAAAAGCUUGGAACAUUCGUUCAGUUUACGUCCUUGAUGGUAGCAGCUAUUGUUGUUGCCUUUACCUAUUCCUGGCUUCUAACCUUGGUUACCAGCUCUCUCCUGGUCUUCAUUGGCAUUGUCUACGGAAUCACAAUUCCAAUUGUUGUUAAGCAGACUAAGGAAGUUGAGCACGCGGACGAAAAAGCCUCCUCCAUCGCUGGCGAGGUGCUUGGGUCCAUUCGAAUGAUUGUAGCUUGCGGCGCUGAGGGUAGAAUUGCGCUCAAAUACGCGGGGUGGAUCCAGGAAUCACUGCGAAGAGGUCUCAAGCUAUCGCCCAUGAUUGGAGUACAAUUCGCUCCUUUGUUCUUCUCCCUCUACGCCACAAUGGCUUUAUGUUUUUGGUUUGGUUUCAAACUCUUGCUUGCCCAUCAUAUCGACAGCAUUGCGACGAUUAUCAUUGUCCUCAUGUCUGUGAUGAUGCUUACCUUUUCCAUGAGUCAAACUGCUGCGCCUAUUAUUGCCGCAACAAAGGCUGCGUCUGCUGCAGCAGACUUUUUUGCUGUCAUAGACGCGCCAAAACCUAUCAUGACUGGCUUGAGAGAUCCUGAAGCCUCCGCCACCGAAGAUAUCACCUUUGACUCGGUUAACUUUGCAUAUCCGAGCAGGCCUCAUGUCAAGGUUCUGGAUGAUCUCAACCUUCGGUUCGAACGUGGCAAGAUUACUGCCAUUGUCGGUGCUAGUGGAUCAGGAAAAAGUACGAUUGUGGGCUUGCUGGAACGUUGGUACGACCUCGAUCUUGAAAAGAGAUACAAACUUCCAAAGAGUGCUGUCAAGGAUAAAAAAGCCGACAAAGACAAAGAGGAUGACGACAAGAAAAGUCCCGAUGAAGAAGCCCAGACACCUGUUGCUCUUAGCGGCAAGAUAAUGAUCGGGGAAAAGAACUUAGACGACCUCGAACUGAAGUGGUGGCGUUCUCAGAUUGGCCUUGUCCAACAAGAACCAUUCAUCUUCAAUUCGACGAUACAUCAAAAUGUCGAAUAUGGCUUGAUCGGCACUGAACUUGAGAAUGAAAGUGUCGAGAGCAAGAGGAAAUUGGUUGAGGACGCCUGCAAGGAGGCAUUCGCUGACGAAUUCAUCGAGAAGCUACCAUUGAAGUAUGAAACCCAAGUCGGUGAUGCCGGCAUCAAGCUUUCUGGCGGACAAAGACAACGACUAGCAAUCGCUCGCUCCAUUAUAAAGCGACCUAAGAUACUAAUUCUGGACGAGGCCACAAGCUCAAUCGAUGUCCGCGGAGAGCGUUUGGUCCAGGCGGCUUUGGAUAAAGUGAGCGAGGGUAGGACGACCAUUACAAUCGCUCAUCGUCUGUCAACAAUCAAGAAGGCAGACAAGAUCGUUGUCAUGAGGAAAGGCAAAUUGAUUGAAGAAGGCACCCAUGACAGCUUACUGGCAAAUGAGGACGGAGUCUACUGGGCACUUGUAAAUGCUCAAAAGAUUUCAAUGGGCGAAGAUUUUGCUGGAGAAUCGGAUUUAAUCGAAAGUUCGAUAGAACCACUUCAACGCAACAUGAGCUCUGCCAGCGGUGAGGCUAACGCUGCCGAUGUCGAAGUGGCUUACAAACCUAAGGGCUUCUUCGGAAGCUUUGGAUUUCUUCUGGCUGAACAAACCGGCAACUGGCCGUGGUAUCUUCUGCUAUGUGCCGGUUGUGCUGGUGCAGCAUCCGCUUAUCCUCUACAAUCUUGGAUUUUCUCUCAGUUGAUACUAGUUAUCGCAAUAAUACUCCCCGAUGAGCUUGCGCGUGCAAGUGCUCAUUGGGCUCUGAUGUUCUUCAUUCUCGGAAUUGGAGCUGGGGUUGCAUACUUCAGCCUGGGUUGGAGUUCAACCACAAUCUCAACUCACAUCUCAUGUACGUAUCGACAGCAGUAUUUCGAAAGUAUUCUCGAGAAACCAAUUACCUUUUUCGAUGAUGAGGACAACUCCUCUGGUACCCUGACCGCUAGAGUUGCGAACGACCCCACGCAACUCCAACAGAUGCUCGGCAUGAAUAUGGCUCUAGUUUACACUGCAGUACUCAGUCUUGUUGGCUGUAUUAUCAUUGCUUUCAUUUUUGGUUGGAAGCUCACCGUGCUCACGGUAUUUGUGGCGAUGCCAAUCAUUCUUGCCGCCGGCUUCUUCAGAAUUCGAUACGAGAUCCAGUUCGAGAGCAUGAACCAAGCCGUAUUUGCUGAAUCGUCAAAGUUCGCCGCUGAGUCUAUUGGGGCCUUCAGAACCGUUUCAUCCUUAACCUUGGAAGAUAUGAUAUGCCGUCGAUACGAGGUCUUGUUACAAGGUCACGUCACUGCGGCUUUCCAUAAGUCGAAGUACUCAUCUCUCGUCUUCGCUGCAAGUGAUAGUGUUCAACUUCUCACCAUGGCCUUGGCCUUUUGGUAUGGCGGUCAACUGCUCGGAAAGGGAGAAUACAGCCCCCUUCAAUUCUUUGUGGUUUAUUUGGCUGUUAUCAAUGGAGCAGAAGGAGCAGGGACAUUCCUAUCAUUCGGUCCUAACAUGGCUCAAGCUUCAGCGGCGGCUAACCGGAUCCUCAGCUUCAGGGUAAGAAGUAAGACCGCUUCUAAGACGCCUUUAGAGAUUCAAGACACAGAAGGAGGCGUUAAGAUUGAACUGCGAGACCUGUGGUUCAAGUACCCAACGAGGGACAUUCCCAUCUUCACUGGUCUCAACUUGACAAUCGAGAAGGGCAAGUUUGCUGCGUUGGUCGGCUCGUCAGGUUGUGGCAAGACAAGCAUUGUAUCCCUACUUGAACGGUAUUUCUGGUUCUACUCUGUGUUACUGAAGGCAUUCUAA